GCUGCCUUGUGCCGCUCCCCGGGGAUGCCCAUCCCGCGGCAUCCUAAAAGUACCUUUGAGGCAAUAAAGCGGAGCUGUGCGGCUCGCACUGCCGGCAGCGGUGCUUCCUGCUCGCUGCCCCCGUCCCUGGCCCGGUGGUGCGGGUCCGGUCCCGUGUUCCGCGGGGGCUGCGGCGCUGCCCUGGGAUAUCAGCGGGCUGGGGGCCGCCAGCUCCCCGUGCCCCGGGGACCAGGGCGGAAUCUGCGGCAAACAGCAGCAAAUCUGUUUUUCCGUGCUGGCAGCUGGGCGAGCAUCAAGCCCCUGUGCCCCAGUGACAUGGUUUGGGCAUCGCCAGAGGUAGCGGCUCCUCUGUGCCUCGGAGAUCUGCAUGGCAGAAUUUGGAGAGGUUGCACUCAUACCUGCCUUUGUAACGCUGCUGGCUCAGAGAGCUGUGGGGAUAGAGAGCUGACAGUAAUUGACAACUUGUAAAAAAACCCAAAGCAACAAUCCUGUAAUGGAGCAUGCGGUGUAAUUUAAUGACGUAUUCAUAAAAAUGUCAUUAAAUCCGUUUUUGUUUUUAACAUUGGGUAAAAUGGGGCUUGUGGUAACAUGGAACAAAGCUGAGAGAAGUAAUACUUAGCAAUAAAUAGCAGAAAAUUCAAGUGCACAACAUUGAAGUUUAAAAGAAUAAAAUACCUCAACAAAAUCUUCUAAUUGUAGAAAUACUUCUAAUUGUAGAAACUAAAGUGAUUUUACAGUUAAAAAGUUGUAACUGCCAUUCUAUUUUAUGCCACUGUAAGCAAACCAACAAUGUAUAAAUUUUACUAAGACAUAUUUGUGUGUGUUUCUAUAAAUAUAUUUAUUUUUAAUGUAUUGUUUCCAAGGUUAUGGGCCUUUUGUGUGGAUGGCUUCAGAGAACAUUUCAGGAGUAGGGAAUGAAGUGGAAGCCAGCUGAAUUCUCUUGUGCCCUGCUGAGACGAAAUGACAUUCACAUUUGUGGUGAAUGGAAGCCAUGGCAAUGUGUAACAUGGGAGGGAAAGGCACGGAUGGACCAUGUGGCGUGACUCGUUCAGACUGCAGCUCUUCUGCCUGCUCAUGGCAGUGCUGGCUGUUGUGGUGCUGGUCCAUAACUUUUUCCAGUUAGAGCACCUGGAUGAUGACACAGUUUCAGGAUCGAAUUGGAUAACAGAAAACAAUGUCCAGCAUUCUCUGUCCCAGACAGCCAAAACCACCAGGAAGCCUUACUGUGGGUACACGGAGCAGACCUUGUCCAAACGGGAACAAGCGGAGCAGGAAUCCUUGCUUGCUGCAAUACAGUGGCCAAAGCCCCCUGAUGGCAAAAUCCCCUUUGCACAGAGCACUGAUCCCACACACAGUGACUUUGUGAUUGUGAAACCCAGCAGGUUCUUCAAGGUGGGUGAUCAGUUGGAGGUACUCGUUCGUAUGAAGGAUUUCCAAGGAAAACCCAAGCAGUAUGGUGGAGACUAUUUACAAGCACGAAUUCACUCUCCUGGGCUGAAAGCUGGAGCAGCAGGAAGGAUUGUAGAUUGCCACAAUGGCCUUUACAAAGUCUUCUUUACCUUGCUUUGGCCGGGAGAGGUCAAAGUUUCUGUGUCACUUGUCCAUCCGAGUGAAGCCAUCCAAGUCCUCCUGCGUUUGCGGGAGGAAAGGCCGGACAGAGUCUAUUUCAAAAGCUCCUUCAAGUCUGGGAGGUAUUCAGAGACUACAGAGUGCAACGUUUGCUUGCCUGCAGGUCUCCCAGUCUGUAACUUCACAGAUCUCUACACGGGUGAGCCAUGGUUCUGUUACAAGCCUCGAAAACUGUCCUGUGCCAGCCGAAUCAACCAUGCCAAAGGUGGAUAUCUGAAAGGUCUUCUGACACAAGAGGAAAGCCUCUUUUUCCAAAGUGAUGUGAAUAUCAAAAGGCCAAUACUCUCCAGUGGACCUGAUUCAGUCAUUGUAAAGCCCAAGGCAUUUACAGAUUCAAGCAGUAUGGGCAGAGCUGAAGAUCCCACAGCUUCCCCUUCUGGUUAUUAUUAUGAAGACCAGUGGAGGUCCAGAACACAUUGGAUCCAUAAUUUUAACAAAUCAGAUGAUAUAACUGAGUGCUUACAAGGAAAAGUAAUCCACUUGUUUGGAGACUCUACAAUAAGGCAGUGGUUUGAAUAUUUGACAGCAUUUGUUCCAGAUCUGGUGGAAUUUAACCUGGGCAGCCCUAAGAACGUGGGCCCUUUCAUGUCGGUGGACCUGAAGCACAACAUCCUGCUGAAGUUCCGCUGCCACGGGCCGCCCAUCCGCUUCUCCACCGUGUUCAGCAGCGAGCUGCGCUACAUCGCCAACGAGCUCAACAGCAUCGUGGGUGGCAGGAACACCGUCAUUGCCAUCACCAUCUGGUCCCACUUCAGCACCUUCCCCGUGGAGGUGUACAUCCGCCGCCUCAGGAACAUCCGCAGGGCCGUUCUGCAGCUGCUGGACCGCAGCCCCAAGACCAUGAUCGUCAUCAGAACCGCCAACGUGCAGGAGCUUGGGCCGGAAGUGAGCCUCUUCAACAGUGACUGGUAUUCCUUUCAGCUCGAUUCUGUCAUGAGGAAAAUGUUCUCAGGAAUUGCUGUGCACUUUGUGGAUGCUUGGGAGAUGUCUGUGGCUCAUUACUUGCCACAUAACCUGCACCCUAAUGAAAUAAUUGUUAAGAAUCAAAUAGAUGCGUUUUUAUCUUAUGUGUGCCCUCUGCAAACUUAGCACAAGUAGGUAUCCUUAUGUCGCCUUUUGCUAUAGCCCAAGUACAGUGGCUCUUUUGAGCUGUGGAAUGAGGCUGGACGAUACGGAGGAACUCUGGGUACUGUACUUGCAUGCGGGAUAAGUAGGGUGGCCUUAAAGUCUGGGUAGCUGUGAAAGGGUGGUAAAGAGGAGUUGACUCUUCAGGCCAUAUCUUCCUGCAAGGUUGAUUCCUUCAAGCUUAUCACUCAUACCUGAGAUUAUUAGAGAGCACCUUAAAUUAAAUUGGCAGGAUUCAAUAAGAGACUAUUUGGGUUAUUAGCUUUACUAGUUAUCUGCACUGUAUGCCUAAUAUAAUCCAUGUGACACUGAUUCUGUUGCCAGGGUCUUGUUGCUCAGAACAGUGUGUGAAACCUAGGAAGGAUUUUGGGAAUGGUCUUUCUCUCAGCAUUCCAGAGCUUAAGGGAUGUCUCCUCCACCUGUGUGUCAGAGAAACACAGUGUCUUGUUUCAAAGUCCUAAUUAGAAAUGUGAAGGGAGUGUACCAAAGCCACCAAUAAAGAAGCACAAUCACAAUAGCUGUAGAAUUAAGUCAUGAAAUAUUUGCUGAAAUUUAAUUGAGCAGCCUAGUAAGGUACCUUUGUUGUUUACAGAUGGCUGCUAAAUAGUGCAAAUAGCCACUAUUUUAGUUUGGUUUCUUGUGCUGCUGAAUUUCUUUUGAGCUUUGAUACACUGUCUACUCCUUGAUUUAUCAUUAGUGACCAUAUGUGUGUUUUGUGACCUCAGCGAAAACACUGUCUCAGGCAGUUUCUGCAAGUUCAAGUUGCAGGCUUGCCUACUUGAAGCUUAAAGCAUUUGGCAGUGAAAGUGUUUCAUUUAGCAGUGAAAGUGUUUCAUUUGCCAAUGAAAGUGUUUCCAUUGCCUGCGAGCUGCAGCCAUUCCCUUACGGUCCUGCGAAGGCGGGCUGCCCUCUGGUGUGUCCUUCAUACCCUGAGUCUGGACGGGGAGCCGAGUGACCUGAGAGCCCCUGGUGUGCUUUGGCAGUGGUGGUCAAGGCCACACAGUGACUCCUCUUCAGGGUCUGGCAGUUCUGUCAUUUCUUCAUGAACUCCACUGCUGCCAAUACAAAAGGUGGCACACCCUGCGCCCAAAAGCUGAGCGUGCCCAGAGUUGCCCCCACACAUCUGCUUGGCACAGACCCAGGUUUGCUGGGCUGACAGCUGGUGGCUCUCUGCCUCCCGGCGUGGCAUUUACUGCUGCUUACUUGAUUGAGCCUGUCUACAGUUUUAACUAGAAGCACUUUGAAAACAGUUUGUGAUGAAGUCAACUCCCAAAUUAAACAGCAGAGAAGUGUUCCAUGCUGUCUUAUCUUUGGUCCCACUCAGGCCAAAGCCAGUCUUCACUGGCUUGUGUCAAAACCAAGUUGAGUCUUUGUGAGCAAACGGAGAAGAUUAAUAAGGCAAAUUGACAGGUUGCACAGAGUAAAAUUAUCAAAAUAAUUUUAUGUUAAAAAAAGUUUCACUCCUUGUUAGGUUUGCUGCUCUCCUAAGGAACUUUGUGCUCUUAUUGCCGGAGCCCUAAGAGAGCCAAUGCUGCCAGCUACAGCAACAGUCUUUCUUCUUGUGUUCAUUUUAAAGGGCAACUGAGAAGUAGUUUAAAAACAAAUAGAAAUGAUUUUAGCAUGUAAAAGGCAUCAGUACUAUCCAUCUAUAAACUUUACAAUUUAAAAAUGUUUAAACAUGUCUGGAGGGAUUGUGUACACUGAAAUGGCACCUAUUCUUAGCUUUUCAAAUCAGCAGUUAAGAGGUCCAAUUUGCUGGUUCCUACUGCCAACUGCCUCACACAGCAUCUGCCCAUACAUUAGUGUUAGGUAACUAUUGCUUACUUUAAUAUGGUAAUGGCAAUUUAUCCUCUACUGAAAAGAGGCCACACCAAUUCAGGUCUGGGAAAGUAAACUACCACAAUGAAAAAUGAACUUUCAUCUUUUCCAGUUGUGAUUUUUAUAAUAGGUAAAGGCUUUCAUCCUGAAUAACAACUCUAUCCUAAUAAUACUCAUGGAAAUAGGACUUCAGACUUCUUUGAAGGAAACUACUGAAUUUGUGGACUGACCAUUAGGUUUAACUCAUAAAGCCAUAUUGUGUGUGAAAAUGUUGUGGCUGCAUGUGUCCUCUUUGGGUGUUGUAGUGCUUGCUACUGCUCCUCAACAGCCGCUUUAUAUCACUGUUAGCUACCAAGCACAGAGAGAGAAGAAAAUAUUCUUUUGAGUGCUUUGACAGUUGAGAAAGAAAGAACAGAACUGCUAUUAGAAAAGGUGUCUAAUUGCCUUCUGGUAGAACCUCAUCCUUUAGAUAAUUAGAUUAAUUUUUUAACAACAGAUGAACUAACUUAUCGGUAAUGAACUUCAGGGAAAUUGCCAGUUGGUUUAGAAUGAGGCUCAAGAUUUUAUUUUUUGGGCUCUGAAAUAGGGAAGAGAAAUGAAGAAUCUGAGGAUUUGCCUGUGUUUAGGGACACUGUGCUUUUAGAUGUCAUUCAGGUGAUCUAUGAACAGUUUUGCAUUUCUCUUGUUACCAACUAUCUCAUCAUAUUGAGUUGUGUAUGUAUGGGAUAUGCAAACACAGAAGCAAUAAAAUAUUUUAAAAUCAGUUUCUUUAAACUUCUAAAUGGAUUUUAAUAGGGACUUAGGUUAAGGUGUUGGUUAUUUUUGAAGUUACUUAAUGUGAAACAGGACUGGAAAAGAAUUUCUCAGCAUCUGUUAAGUAUCUUCCUCAACACAUAAAAAAUUAAUUUACAAGAUUUUCAAAGCCUUGUCUUCCCUUUCUUUGCAUUUUCUUCCUUUGAAAGGAAGACAUUGUAUUAUUUUUUAUAUUUUCAUUCUUGUACUGAUAAUUUUGAUUAUUAGUCUUUCAUUAGAUAUUUAUUUUUUAAUUUCUUCAUUUAAAAUCCAGCUCUCUCAAAUUCCAGUGAAAGAAACUACUUUUAUUGUUUUUAUUAGAAGAUUUCAGAGUCAUUUAUUUAUAAUGUAAGUAAACUCCAUUUUAUAUAUAUUAGUGUUGCACUGUAAUAUUUUGAAUCUUGUUUCUCACGUGUAUAUUCUUAGGCUGAUUUCUUCCUUCUAGAAAUUUAGUAAAAAUGUUAGUUGAAUUGUUGAUGAGAAGGGAGGAUGAAAAGCAAAAGCUUCCCUUUUGUCAAGUUUUCAGUUGCUUCUAAUUUCAUCUGCAAAUGUAGCACUGCUUCAUGAGAUUUAAUUACCAUUUUUCAUUGCUUUACUUGUUAUAGGUAAGCAAUUAAACAUGGAAACUUUGCUUACCACAAGUGUUUGUACAACUUUUUAUGUACUGCAGGUGACAAUUUCAUGGGUACAUGACAAAGAUGAAGGUUUGAAGUUGCCUUCUAGAGGAGUGGAGGAUGCUGGGGUUUUGCUUUGGUUUUGUUGCAGAAGUGUGCAAUAGAACAUUCUUACCUUCAUGACAGUUUAAGUAAUAGCAAAAAACUUCAGACACAAAUGUGUUUUUCAUUUUUAAAGCACCUACUCCUUAAGUCCAGAUAAUAUAUAUUUAGGCUGUUUGGAAGGCUCUUACUCUCUGUUGGGAGCAGUGAAGAACUCUGUAUGUUAGAGAAAGAACUUGUUUUCAAAGAACUUGUUUUUUUCUAAUAUAUGUAUGUUAUUGUAAUGCUUACAAUAUACAGAAGGCUCUACUGUCUUGUUUCCUGAUGCAAUCAGAAAAACAAUUUAAAUAGCCAAAAAGCUCAGAGAAUGAAAAGUUCCUAAUAAAGAGGGCAAGUUUACUUGAACCAUUUAAUCUGAUUUAGUCUCAGUUUAUCUUGUUUGCUGCAACCACAUGUCUUUUAUAUUUUUAUAGCUGCAUAGUAAUUCCCUUAGUUUUACCUAUUAUAUUGUGUGCUGUGUGUUGGGUAGGAGUUUCACGCUAUGGUUUAUAGAUUAAAUUCACUCUAAGUAAUUUUUUUAAUGUGAUUUAUAUUUGGAGAGGGGUGAUCUGUGCCUGACAUGAGACCUAGCACUGAAGCACCCUGAUGUUUAUCUCUGUUGGUGUGUCAGGCCUGACAUAUAAUAAAAGCUCGUACAUAAUCUAGGCUUCCUUCUUUGAGGGUUUUUGCAGCCUGACUGACCCACAGGACAUCCUUAAACCACUUCAUUUUAAAAAAGGGUGAAGGCAUGGUCAUUGCUUCUCUAUCUUAUGAACAGUUUUUACUUAAAUGAUGGAAGAAAAAUUUAGGAGAUGCAUCCUGUGAGUCAGUCGGAGUGUUCAAGGGCUGUAGGGCAUCCUACAGUGGUGGCUCUGUGUCCACUGCCCCGUGAGCCCAAGGGCUGCUGUGUGUGCAGGGUCAUGGCACAGGGAGAGCGUUGGCUGCCUGGCACACACUGGGGAGUCUCUUGGAUGGCCCAAGGGGGGAGGAUUUGGGGAAUGUCCACUGGCUUGCCUUGGAGUUAGCUUGCAGCCAGGGUUCUCAGCUGGGAAAGUAGCAAACAGGGCACAAUGCCCUUUGUGCUGUUCCUGACGUAGAUAGCCAAAAAUAUCCUGUUUGACCAGGCUAAAAAUCCCUGAAUGACAAAGUCCUGACAGCUAGGAGAGAGUGCUGAGGCACUAUUGCCAAGUAUUUGUUCUGGUUCUUUGUUCCCCUCUCAUUCCGUGCUGACUGCUGAAGGGGACAGGGUAGGGCAAGGGCCAGGGGUGUGAUCUGGGUGCUGCUCUCACAUUCCUGCUGAGCACAGAGCUGGGGCCAUGGCCCAGCCUGCUCUGGCCAGUCCCAACAGCCCCGAGGGGACACGGCAAAGGCAAAGCAGCUUCUUCCCAGCAUUUAGCUCUGGAAACUGUACUGAAGCGUGCUGCCACCAUGUCCAACCUACAUCAGCCUUCACUCAGCCAAAAAUGCAUGAGAGAGGCUACAAAGUAUGAGCUGUUUUUCAGUGUGGUGUUAGGUCAGGCCCCAGGCUUCUUCAGAGGGGAAAUGAGAGUGAUGAGUAGCACAGAGAGGGGAAGCAAAAAAGUAGGACAUGGUUAAGGAGAAACAACACACAAAGGACUUGGUCUGUGACACCAAGGAGAGGAAGAAGGUCAGGGAUUUGGUCAUGUGGAGAUGUAUUGCCUUUGGAAAUCACAAUUGUGUGGGACAGACUCACUCCUCUGAGAACACACAUAGAUGUGUUGCUCCACAUGUUUUAAAAAAGGAACAGUUUUUCCCACCUAGGCUGCUCACCCACCUCUUCCUCUAUGCCCCUGACAGCUAUGACACAGCAAUCAUGUUAUUAGGUACAGUUCCAAACUCUGCCUGCAGUUGGUUUGAAGCCAUGGGUACUGUGUUCUCACAUGACUGUGGAUGUGACAGGUAUCAUAGCUGGGGAACUUUUUAAAAGAAACCCAAAGCAUUUGUAAUCAAGCUAAGGAGGAGUGCACAGGCAGGUUUUCAUCAUGUGCCAAGUGCACCUCAGGGCUAUGGUGACUCAGAGGAGGCAUGUAACUUGCCUGAGAUGGCAGGUUGCUUGGCAAGGGCAGGGGCUUGAGCCUCAUCCAUCAGACACAGAGACAGGAGGCUCACCAGGGCUGGCAAAAAGCCAAGACUACAUGGUUUCUGAUCUGGUUGGAAUGGGGCUUCUUGUGUUCAUCCCAUGGUUUAGCCCUGCAUCGCCAGUUAACAGUGUAUAAGGUAACUUCUAACAUUAGCUGUUCAAUUUACGGUGCAAGAUCAAUGUGUUUGAAACCAGGGAAAUGUUUUAUGUACUUGAAUCUGGAUCUUUGAGUCUUCCUGAAUUGUUAAUUCAUCACAGUGCUUGUCACCUGGAUCUGAACUCUCAUGUAGGGGAACCUAGCUUGUAUCUAGGCAGUGAUUCCAAAAUCCUGUCCUAAUUACUGUGUCCUUCACUGUUGGUGUUCCUAGCCUCUUGUGGGCAUAUUCAGUAACCUUCUGGUCUGCUCUGUGAGUCUGUCAUGGUGAAUUGUACAGGAGCUUCUCUGCUUGGAAGGGGAAAGAGGGAUUUUGUGGGGGAAUGCUAGAGAAUUGAGUGUGUGAGUUACUUUCUGUGAGCCCCAGAUGCAGAGUGAGCAAGUCACUACAGCUAAGUGAAAGUGCAAUGUGCCCUCCCCCACAUCCCAACUCUGUCAGCUUGGGCUUAAUAGAUUAAUCCCUUAAUGAAUGUGGCCAGAAAAGGGCUUUGAGGUGCUGAAAAAGAGGCUGGGAUGACUCUCAAAUGAAAAACAUAAGCCACAACAUAUUUGUCUUGGUGGUGGUUUGUUUUCUAAC